AAAUAUGUUAUUUCUGGUUAAACUCUAAUGUUUGAUACCCUGGUUUAGUUUUUCGCUGGCCUGUGUAAAAUAUCGCGGCCCGCUGAGGCCCAUGAAUGUACACUGGCAUACGCCUGUUAAUUUAUCGGGACUAUUGCCCCCGAUAAUUAUCUCCCUCAUUAAUCGAAUCCAGAAAUUAAAUCUCCCUUCCCGUCAAUGCCCUCAUUCCUAUUACGAUGGCUUGAAAACUUUACCAAAUGAGUUCAUAGCGAUUUUUUUGAAUUUCUGUCGUCAGCGCUGUUCGUGAGAAGGAGGUGGAGCUUUUGUACAAGAGAAAUCCGAGUUAAGUUCACGCUUUUCCAAAUACAACAAAGAUGCCUACUAGUGGUUUAAACAUAGAGUCUUUGGUUGUGAUUAUUUUGGAUAUAAUUCGUUUGCAUCAGCUACGGAUUAUUUGUUGUUUGGAUGAGAAAGGGCUGCUCGGAAAUGGAGAUGUAGCUGAAGACGCAAGGAGGAUACGCCGUAAAUUUAGCCGACUGCAAAGGAUCCCCACUCAAGUUCAUCGAUUUACAAGGUUGGUGAAACUCAAAAAAACACAUGUUUGAUGUGGCAUGUAGGGUUGUUUGGGCGCUUUAGACGGUACAUAUAUUAAUGUGUUAGUCGGGAGCAAUGAUAAGCCACGAUAUCGAACGAGGAAAGGGCAAGUGGCUACUAACACAUUGGCUGUAUGUACUAGAAACAUGAGGUUUGUCUAUGUCCUGGCAGGCUGGGGGGGGUCUGCCGGAGACGCUAGGGUACUACGUGAUGCUGUAGCACGCCCGCGUGGUAUAAAGGUACCGAUAGGCCAAUACUACUUGUGUGACAAUGGAUAUGCGAAUAGCAACAGAUUCCUAACCCCGUUUAAAGGCGUUCGAUAUCAUCUGAAAGAAUGGGGACCGGCGGCUAUGACUCCACAAAAUUCAAGGGAAAUGUUCAAUAUGCGACACACCAAGGCAAGGAACAUUAUAGAACGAGCUUUCGCUGUGAAAUGGUUGUUGACCCAAUAGAGCUAGAGUUAGACAAUGCUUACAAAGAGAUGGCCCCUCAAGAGGAGCAUGGUGAUAACGUCUACGUGGAUAUGAUUGAGCCUACGGCGGAGUGGAAUAACAAGCGAAAUGAACUUGCUGAGGCAAUGUGGCUAAAUAUCGAUCCUUGGCUCAGAAAAAGUUCAUCAUGGCCGAUAAUACCUUUCCCGACCUUUCUCCAGCCAAAAUCAAGCCAGAAAUCAGAAACUUCCCCGAUCCUUUUCAGCCAAAACCAAUCCAGAAAUCAGAACCCUACAAUCAAAAUGUCAGACUCGGAGGAUACAAAAACAAAUCCAGAACAGAUAACAAGCCUAAGGAAUAGCAAAAGCAUCACUGUCGCAUUUAAACUGAAUGAAAAGAACUACCCCCUUUGGUCACGACUGAUCAAAGUUAAGAUUGGAGGCCGAGGAGCCUAUUCAUACAUCCGGAACGAGCCACCGAACCCAGGGAGCAAAGGGUUCGACGAAUGGGAGGAGAAUGACUUGGUGGUGUUCUCGUGGAUCGUCGACAACAUCGAAGACGACAUUAUCGCCGAUUUCGCGCACCACCAAACGUCCAAAGCGCUGUGGGACAGCCUUGCUGUAACUUUCGAAAACAAAGCAGACCGAUAUCUCAUCUACAACCUGGAAGAACAAGCAAUAUACAUCAAGCAGGGUAAUAUGGACCUAGAGACGUACUACCGAAAAAUCCACGGGCUGUGGAUUAACAUCGAUCGAUGCCAAAAACAACCAAUCAGUUGUUGCGAUAAAGGAAUCGACCAAUUCCGUGAACAUUCAAGCGAGAAACGCCUGAUUAAGUUUCUGACGGGGCUAAAUCAAGAAUAUGACUCAAUCCGGCGAGAGAUACUGAAAGAAGAUCUGACCCCAUCAGUCGAGGCUGCCUACGGAAUGGUGAAGAAGGAGGCGGCUCGACUAAACAUCAUGCCACCGGCAUCCUCUCCACCGACCGGAGGAGCUCCUGGAAUAACCGAUUCAUCAUUUGGGGGGGAGAUCGGACAAGGGUUCGCCGCCCAAAGCCAUCGCUCCACGAACCGAACCGGUCCUCCACCGCCGCGCCCCGCCGCUACCAGCCGCUCAGGAAACCGGCCGGACACCUCGAAAUUGUGGUGUUCUCACUGUGGGAAGCAGAAGCAUACAUGGGAAACAUGCUUCAACGAGUGGGAUACCCAGAAUGGCGGGAGGAACGACAAAAAGCGAGGUCGACGACAGCUCAGGCGAAAUUGGCCGUCGGAGUAGGCGGUGAAGAGACCUCGCGGAAAAACGACGGAAACACUGGACAGACAACCGGAGUCCAAUCGGAGAGCCAGCCGACCAGCGGCAACGUGCGAGGCGUCGGAAACUUUGCGGGACGGACGGAAUCAGUCAGCGGCGGUGCCGCGAGUAGAGGAUAUUCAGACGAGGAGGAUACUUGGGCGUGGCACUGAGAAGGAAGGGCUCUAUUAUGUGGACGAGAUAGCUCAACAUGACAGUGCAAUGCUGGCUCACGGGUCCACGAAACAGGAAACUUGGCUUUGGCACCGAAGACUAGGACACCCUUCUCCUGGUUAUUUUAAAUUACUUUAUCCGAACCUUUCUAUUCCGUCUGAUUUUUCUUGUGAAACUUGUCUUUUGACCAAGAGCUACAGACAAUCAUUUAAACCAACAAACACUCGUAUGAAAUCCAUGUUUUCUUUGUUGCA